CAACAUUUUCAGACCAUAUAUAUUAUUUUGAAUUUGGAUAAAUAAACAAUAGUUUGUUAAGUGUCACGUCUAGGAUUCUCAUUAUGGAGGUUGGCGGGUUGUUUACAUUGGUGUUGUUAUCGCGGGUGCUGAUAGCGACGUCCCUGACCCGUCUCGAACCCGUCGACCUGCAUCAGCUGAUCGCUCCUCAGGACGGGGGACCAGUGCACGAUUUCGUCCAGGCCGUUGACCGGGACGAAGCUUUACAAAACAUCAUCUUCGGCGCGGGUGAAAUCGGGGACGGGGAUAAACUUGAGGAUGAAGAGACGGGGACGUCUUUGUUCGGGGACGUAGCUGCCCAGUACGUCGACCACACCGUGGGGCCGGUAGACUUCGGUGUUGGGGAACGCGGUACCAGCGGUCCCGGUUUUGGCCGUCGCGGUUCAAGUGGUGCCGGUUUUUACGGUCCCGGUUCGGGUGGUUCCGUAGCUGAAGGUUCCGAAAACACUGGGUCAGGAGACUUGCCAAGUGGUCAUGACGUCAUUGAGGCAGACACUGCAAAAGUUGAAGACGGUGGCAACAGUGAAGGGACAGCUGUAAAAGGCAACAGGGAUAACAGGAAAGGGCAAGCAACUGUCGAUGAGAAGGAGGCGCUCGGUGAACUGCAGCCGGUGUCCUUCAGACCGUGUCCGGGAGGUGGACCCGCUCCCACGUCCCUGUACGUGAACUGCACGUCACGGGUACGCGACGUGUGCAGCCUGGCCCGUGGGCGCUCCCACACGCUCGUGGUCACGUUCACUCCCGUGACGACGAUAAACCACGCGGUGGUGUCGCUGCUGUCGUGGCGCACGUGGCUGGAGAUGCCCUUGUUGGGGCAGGACGCGAACGCGUGCGACCACAUGACUUGCCCCCUCCACGCCGGCACCAAGACUACCCUCGAUUACAGGCUCAACAUCCCUGACGUCGUGGGCGAGAAGCGUGACACGCUCGUCUGGCGCCUCUUCGAUAAGCAGUCACGGGAACGUCUUCUGUGCUUCACGUUCCGUACCCACGUCACCUAAGACGUUACGUCAUGGCGGUAACGUCACCUGGGGCGUGAUGUCUCGGCGGUAACGUCACCUGGGGCGUGAUGUCAUGGCGGUAACGUCACCUGGGGCGUGACGUCACGGCGGUAACGUCACCUGGGGCGUGACGUCACGGCGGUAACGUCACCUGGGGCGUGACGUCA